GCCGCGCCGAGCCCGCCCCGCCGGGGGCCGGGGAGCGGGACGGGGGGGAGGGGGCCGGCGGAGCCGGGCCGGUGGGUGCGGGGCGCGGGCAGCGCCGGGCAGGGUGACCCUCGGUGCCGCUAAUAGGAUCGGCGCGUGAGCGGCUUCGUGCGGAGCGCGGGCUGGAGCCGGUGCCAGGGCGCAGCUUUGUCCACGAGCGAUGGGACGGGAGCGGAGCUUUUGAUGCCUCUCCCAGGACUCCCCAGAGCCAUGACUGCAACUGUGCAGACGCUGCGCUUCAAGCUGCUGCCUCACGACACGGGCCAGGAGUGGGCGCACAGCUGCCAGCAGGAGAUCGAGCGCCGCUACCAGGUGGUGCCCUCGGUGGUGUGCGCCAUGUGCUGCCUCUUCGGGAUCAUCUACUGCUUCUUUGGUUACCGCUGCUUCAAGGCCGUCAUGUUCCUGACGGGACUGAUGUUCGGCUCCAUCAUCAUCUUCAUGCUGUGCUACAAGGAGCGGGUGCUGGACACGCAGCUGAGCGUGGAGGCGUCGGUGGGCAUCGGGCUGGGCAUCGGGGUGCUGUGCGGGCUGGUCACCAUGCUGGUGCGCAGCGUCGGCCUCUUCAUGGUGGGGCUGCUGCUGGGGCUGUUGCUGGCGGUGGCCACGCUGGUGGUGAUGGAGCAGUUCUACCACCCCCCCACGGUGUGGAUCCCCAUCGCGCUGCUGCUGGGCGUGGGGAUGCUCUUCGCCGUGCUCACCCUGCAGUGGCAGCGUUUCUUCACCACCCUCUCCACCGCCGUCUUCGGCAGCGCCAUUAUGACCGUCACCGUCGAUUACUUCAUCGAGCUCUUCCUGCUGGUGCAGUACAUCUACGAGCGCAUCAAGGUGGCCCCCGCUCGCCCCGUGUGCUGGUACAGCUGGGUCAUCCUGGGCGUCUGGCCGCUGCUCACCGUGCUGGGUGUCCUGGUCCAGUGGAAAGUCACGGCCGAGGGCUACUCCCACACCGAAGUGAUCAUCAGCCGGCAGCAGCGCCGCGUGCAGCUGAUGCGCAUCAAGCAGCGGGAGGACCGCAAAGAGAAGAAGAAGAAGCGGAGGCCCCACCACCCACCGCCCCACCAGCACAAGGCCCACCCACCCGAGCCUGCCUACCGCCGCAAGCCCAACCCCGUGCGCCGCUUCGAUGGGGACGUGCUCUCCCCAGUGAGUCCCGCGCCCAGGAGCUACAUCCAGAGUUUCCGAGAGCGGCAGACAGGGCCAUCCCUCAACAGCCUCAUCGCCAGCUCCCAUGCCGUGGUGGACCUGGACUAUGACUGCAGCUCCACCGUGCCCCUCACCACGGGCUCCGGCCCCGCCAUGCGGGUAUAAGCCAACCCAGUGACCUCGAGUGACACCAGCACCCCAGCCUGCUCCCACAGACCUCUUUGGACACAUGGGGCUGUUCCUUCAGCCUCGGGGCUGUGGAGGCUAUGGAUGGAGAACCUCCCUGGGGCAGCACGGGACUCGUCUCGGUGAGCCCAGGAUGCCCGCGGGACUCAGCCAUGCUGGGGACACCCCCAGGCAGAAACUCAGCCCACGGACUGGGGCUACGAGCACCCACAGACUCACAGAGUGUGGCGUGAGCGGCUCUGCUGCACGUUUCCCCAUGGCCUGGGCACACUCCUUCUGUACCUUGACAACCCCCUCUCCAUGUUCAAGCCCUCCCAGAGCAGCUCCCCGUGCCUGCUCCCUCCCCAUCGCACCCCACAGCGACUCCCCAAGUGCCUGUCCCCACGUCCCUUCUUCAGAGAGCAGCUCCCCAAGCCCCUGCUCCCAGAGUGACUACCCUGAGCAUGUGUGCCCCAUCCCACCCCAAGCAGCACUCCUAAAACCCUGCCUUUAGGGGUUCCUGCCCUACACACCCUCCUUGCCCCCAGAGCAGCUUGCCUGCCCCCUUCCCCUAUUUUCCUGGGCCGAAGUGGGGCAGACUGGGGCAGAGGCUGCCAGGGCACGGGGCUGCUGCUGCGGGGUAACGGCACCGGGGCUCUGCCCCACCCGGGCACUGUGCGCGCUCCCCUGAAUGUUUUGACAGGAGCGAGGACGCAGCCUUCAGGCGGAGGCUGGGCUGCCCCAGGCAUCCCCCCCGGCAUCAGAGGCCAUCGCUGUUUUGCUGGCGACUGGAUUUUAUAGCGGCUGGGGGGCCCUGAGGGCAGCACCUCUGCGGGGCAGGGCAGGAGCCCCUGCUCAGAGCACCACUGCGGACAGAGGCUCCCGCCUUGUAUAUACUUCUCUUGCUGUGAUUUGUAUUAAUUUAUUACGGAGUGAGCCAGGAGGACCUCCCCGCAGGCGGGAUGUGGGGGGACCAGAGUGGGGUGCCCCCGGGUGCUGUCCCGUCCCCGGCUGCCACCCCAGGAACUGCAUGUUUCUGCCACGCCGUCUCUGCAGCGCCGCGCCGCCGCCGUCCCCCUUUUCAGCCUCUUUUGUAAAUGUGCCAAACGCUGCUGAGGCCACGGCCACAGAGUAAAGAGCCUUUCGGAA